GUGUCCUACCAUGUGUUGGGUCUCGUGCACGCCCUGUGGCGGCCUCUCCCAGGCACGGUGAAGGACUACAUAGCGACGCCGAAGCCGAACGGGUAUCAGAGCCUGCACACGACGGUGCUGCCCUUGGGAGCAUCCUCUCUCUUCCCUGUGGAGGUGCAGAUCCGCACCGACCACAUGGACAAGCUCGCCGAGUGGGGCAUAGCUGCUCACCACACCGGCCGCCACCCGCACCUGCUGCUGCACGGCGAGCAGCAGGAGGGGCAGGCGCAGCAAGGGCGGAAGGGGAGGCAGGAGGGGCAGGGGCAGGUGAAGCAGCUAGCUGAUGGGUCGGAGGAUCUAGCUGGGUUGCUGCUUCCAGGCUUGGAUUACUCAACCACAGAUGAUUCUGAGGGGGAUAGCGACAGCUCAGGUAGUGACGACGAGCCGGGCCUUCCUCCUCUUGCCUCUACCAUAAGCAGCGUUGCGGUGUGCGGGGGGGUGACUGAGACUCAGAGCAGCUGGAGCAACGACGCUGACGUGGCGAGGCGGGUGAGCUGGCUGAACUCGAUUCGCGAGUGGCAGGAGGAGUUUGUGGGGGCGAUCAGCGCGCGGGAGUUUGUGGAUACGGUCACGUGCGACCUGUUUGGGUCGCGGAUCUUUGUGUUCACACCCAAGGGGGAGGUGAAGAACCUCCCCAAAGGCGCCACUGUGAUUGACUACGCGUACCACAUCCACACAGACGUGGGCAACCGAAUGGUGGCUGCAAAGGUGAGAAGAGAUUCGUGCAAUUUGACGGGUGACAUGGGUGAUGGCAUGGGUGAUGACAUGGAUGAUGGCAUGGGUGAUGGCAUGGAUGAUGGCAUGGGUGAUGGCAUGGGUGAUGGCAUGGAUGAUGGCAUGGGUGAUGGCAUGGAUGAUGGCAUGGGUGAUGGUAUGGGUGAUGGCAUGGGUGAUGGUAUGGGUGAUGCCUCCCGGACACCUCGCUCCUCCCGCCCCCCCUCACUAUCCACACCAUCCGCCACAACAACUGUUUCCCAGACUCUUAAUAAAGGGAGGCAGGGGCGAUCGGCAGUGGGAGAGGGAGAAGCAGGUACAGGGUCUAGAAAAGGGCGCUCAGGCGAAGUGGGGAGGAGCAUAGAUGGUACACUGGGCAGGAGAGAGGUGGGAUUCGGAAGGGUUGGACUGGGGGAGGUGGGAUCUGAGACAGGGUUGGCUGGAAGAGGGGAUCCUGCUGGUGAAAGCAGCUCAGAGGUUUUGCAGUUUUCUGAUGACGGGGCUGCUGCUGAUGUGGCAUCCGCACGGCUGGCGGCGGGCGAUGCUGACGUGUCGCUGGCUAGUGCUGAUGUGGAGCUGUUGGAAGGCAGGAGCAGAGAUGACGUGGACGGGAGUGGUGGUGCCGGGGUAGGGAGCAGAGAGGAGGGGGUAGAUGAGCUAGUAUCACGGCUGUUAGAGGGGGUGACAGGAGAAGCAAGGCUGGAUGGAAGUGGGGGUGGUGGAGAGGCGAGUGUGGUGGGAAGAGGGAACGGAGAGAGUAUUGGCGUGGCUCGUCCACAGGCAGUGGGCUAUUCGCCACAGCCACAAGACAAGACGGGAGGGUCCGCAGCAGCAGCCGCGCCAGCAGUAGCAGCAGUACCGGAGCCAACAGCUGCAGGGCCCCAGGCAUUGGCAGCAGAAGCAGCAGGAGCCACUGCUGGGACUGAGAGCAUAUCAUUAGAGUCAGCAGGGGUGUCAGAGAGAGGGAGGGUGCCAGAGGGAGGGAGGGCGUCGGAGGGAGGGGGGGCGUGUGUGGAUGCGUUUGCGGAGUUUGAGGAGUGGCAGACGCAGACUGUUGCCAUGUGGCAGUUCCUGAGUGGCCGCAGAAAGGUGGUGCUGUGGCUGGCCGUGCAGUGCUAUGACCGCACAGCUUCGCCCUCGGCUGCACCCUCGCUAACUCCUCCCGCUUCUGGCCCUGGAGCAAGUGACAUGGUGGGGGGAGGUGUGGUGCAACUGACAUGGUUUAGGCUGUGGGUGUAG